UGCGUCCCCCGCCCCAUGGAGCCGACCGCGGGGGCUAUGGCGACAGAAAAGGAUAUUGCGGCCCGAGACGAACCCGGGGAUGCCAAGGUCUUGGCGCCAGCUGGGGAACCUCCGUUCAGGACGUCGUUCCCACACAAAGCUGGACACUCGAUGGAAGACUGGGACACCGUGGCCACUGUGGGCACCGGAACCUUUGGCCGCGUGAACUUGGUGAAGGAGAAGACAGGCAGGCGGUACUAUGCCUUGAAGAUUAUGAGCAUCCCGGAUGUCAUCCGCCUGAAGCAGGAACAGCAUGUGCAGAAUGAGAAAGCAGUCCUCAAGGAAAUCAACCAUCCCUUCCUCGUCAAGCUGUUCUGGACUGGCCAUGACAACCGCUUCCUAUACAUGCUGAUGGAGUUCGUGCCUGGUGGUGAGCUGUUCAGCUACCUGAGGAACCGUGGCCGCUUCUCCUCCGUUGCUGGAAUCUUCUACUCCACAGAGAUUGUGUGUGCCAUUGAGUACCUGCACGCCAAGGAGAUUGUCUACAGGGACCUGAAGCCUGAAAACAUCCUUCUAGAUCGGGAAGGGCACAUCAAACUCACUGACUUUGGCUUCUCCAAGAAGCUGGUGGAUAGGACGUGGACCCUCUGUGGGACACCAGAAUACCUCGCCCCAGAAGUCAUUCAGAGCAAAGGCCAUGGGAGGGCCGUGGAUUGGUGGGCACUAGGCAUCCUUAUAUUCGAGAUGCUGUCUGGGUUUCCCCCAUUUUUCGAUGACAACCCUUUUGGGAUUUACCAGAAAAUCCUUGCCUGCAAAAUAGAUUUCCCCAAACAUUUGGAUUUCACCUCUAAGGACCUCAUCAAGAAGCUGCUGGUGGUGGACAGGACCCGGCGCCUGGGCAGCAUGAAAAACGGGGUAGACGACAUCAAGCGGCACCGGUGGUUCCGGGGUGUGGAUUGGGAGUCUGUGCCACAGAGGAAACUGAAGCCACCCAUUGUGCCCAAGUUAUCGGGUGAUGGUGACACCUCCAAUUUUGAGACUUAUCCAGAGAGUGACUGGGACAAGAAGACCCCUCCUGUAUCCGACAAAGAACUGGAAAAUUUCAAAAGUUUCUGAGGAUGGGAACCCAUUUCUGCAAGGAGCAUGAAGAAUUCCAUGCAGCACUGAGGACCAGAACCGUUUUUGUUGUUUGUUGUGGUUGUUUGCUGAAACACUAGAAGGAUCCCUUCGAGGUUAACGAGAUCAUUGCCCUCAGGACCCGGCUUCAUUUCGACAACUGGAAACCCACCUGGUGGGAAGUUUGCAAAAUCUGUUAAACUGUAGAUGUUUUCCUUCUUCGUGAGUCUUGUGUUGUUGCUGUGAAUUUAGGUGGUGGUGUUGUUUCUCUAAUGAAUUUUGUAAGUUUGAAUUUGAUCUAUUUGAUUAUAGCUGUCACUGUGUAUAUGCACAGAAAUUGUGCAAAACUGGACUUUUGGUACUUUGACAUGCCUGUGACUUGUUUAUUUUCAACGCUUUCUGAAAAAUCUGCUACUCUACAGGCAAAAAAAGGGUUCGAUGUAUGCAUUUUUAAAAUGCUUUUCUAUGCAUUUUACAGUCAUUUGUGUGUGUUGUUUAGACACUGUUUGUUUAUUUUGUUCCUCUCUGGUCACUAUAAACUCAGACAUCGGGAAGCCACAUGCUCCGCAGAUCCCUUAUUCAAAAAUAUGGCACAAACAAGUGGCUUUCCCCAAUCUUCCAGUUUGAUGUCUCCAGUAAAAUAUCCCCUCUUAAAGUUAAGCCAGAACUCUGCAUACUGCAUUAGCCACAUGGCAACCUGGGUGCAAAGUUUGCCUUUUUAUGAUAAUACAAAUUUAUCUACAUUCCCAAAAGGGAACUUCAAGGAUCCACCCCUCAAAUCCCUCCUCUGUUGUAAAUGACGUUUUCUUCCCAUCAAACUCAGUCCUGUUGUUGUUCCAGCCCUGUCCAUCUGUAAAAAUUCAGGUUCUGGGCCGGGAGCUAUAUUUUCAUUGAGCUUUCCCAGUUUCUAAUAUGCAAAAUAACUGGGUUAUGUACCAUGAACAAACAUACACAGGAGAUAGAAUUCUGGAUUAUAAUCACGCUGACCAACAUAGGUACUCUCAGCAUUUGAUAUUACAUAGGAAAUAAUGUAAAAUUAGCAUAGAAAACAUUGCCUUAAUUCUAAACACAUAUGAGAUCACAAAUACCCACAUCUACCCACUGUGUGCUCCCAAUAUACUUAGCAAUCUGACCCCUGAUCCUAAAAAUCAAAUUAAAUAACAUUAAUUGAGCUGUAAAUCAUACCAUGUGAUGUCAUUGUAGUGACAUCAAGUAGUGCAUAGGAAUAAUAAUUUUUAUUUUAAUGUUUUUUUAUUGUGUGUGCAUGUGACUAUAGCACACACGAGGGCCAGCAAAGCACUCCAGAGACCCUACAGCUGGACAUACAGGUAGAUGUGUGUUGCCCUGUGCAUGCUGGGAACCCAACCUGGGUCCUCUGCAGUCCACAUAGUUAACAUGAAAAUAAAAAUUAGGAAGGGGUGAUGGGGCAAAAACAACCAGGAAAAGGGAUGAGGGAACUAUGCACCCAGCACCUUCUCAUAAACCCAUGGGACAGUUAAUAAAUUACAAAUUCCUCAGGUGGUGGUUUGAUUCAAACCGAGUACAAAAGAUGAAAUAAUCAGUAACCAAUACUAAUUUAAAAACAAAUCCCUAUGCUCUCCAACCAAGACUGAUUUUUCUUUUUUUAGUGUUUAGUAGAGAUAAGAUAAGCUGUCUCACCUCACUAGCUGUUUUGUGUAACACUGUAAAAUGUGAUGCGAUGGCUAAAUACUGUUCACAUGACCCUCAGGCUGUGCAAAUAUCUCAACAUUGGACCAAAACAUAUCAAUCACCACUGUGCUGUUCAGUGAACCCUAGCCAAGAUUCAGCAUUUUGUGUGUCUCCACGUUGGAGUGAAAAACUGGGGAACGGUGUCUAUCACUCCUGGCUGUAGAUUUUGUGGCAUGUGGAUUUCCUGGGUUUUUUGUGUUUUGUUGUUGCUGCUGUUUUUAAUGAAGUUCCAUAGGGAGCAUUGAUGAAAGCCUGACACCUCAUUCUUGUUUCUCACACACAAUGCAAACCACCUGAAAAUUAUGAUGCAAAGUCAAGAUUUUUGCAUGGUUUGGUUCCCCCCUCAUCAGUGUGUGUGUGUGUGUGUGUGUGUGUGUGUGUGUGUGCCCUACCAUUUCUUGUUCCCAUCAAAGCUGUGUGUGUGUGUGUGUCCGUGUGCCCUAUGGUUUCUUUUUCCCAUCAAAUCUGCCUUGCGAAUCUAACAGCCUUGCAUCCAACCACACACUGUCAUUUCCUGGGGCAGUAAGAGGGGGGUGCUCUAGUUGGUUAUGUAGUAGACAUCAUUACUUGUGUGAUUUAGGGGAAGUGAGCAGGAGCCUCCCUGGCCCUUCCAGUCCUCACAGGACCAGACUCAAAACGCUCCUCAGCAACCUCAGUUCUUCUCACACUGUGGGUACACACCACUUGACCUCCUGAUGUAACAGGUGUCACAUGCACCGUGCAGGCAUGUCCCCACUGCUGAGCACCUGCUGGCUCACCUGAAGUUAUCACUCAGAAUGAAAAAGCCUUGUUUUUUUUCUUACAUUCUAAUCCUGCUGCACAACUAAAAAAUCACUGUGAUUUGUGUAUAUAUCUAUCUAUAUCUUUCUAUAUAUUUGCCCCAGGAAAAUUUUUUCUGCUGUCUAAUUUAUAAAGUAAAACUAUUGAGUCCAGGUUUGUUUAAUAAAAGUUUGUAUGUUAAGAAA